UUUUACUCAUCUGGAGAGAGCCUUGGCUUCUUUUGAGGCAGAAGACCCUAACGUUUCUAGGUUUGACAAAAUCAAGAGAGGAAUCAUGGAUUUGGUGACUUUCUACAAGGAGACCCUGAAGGAGAAGCAGACGAAGAGAAGUGUGCAGUCCAGGCUUGACACUUUCUUUCACAAGUCUCCAGUACCACCACCUCCCACUCCUAGUCCUGAAGUGGUGACAGUUCCAGAUCCCCCUGUACUACCUGUGACAGUUCCAGAUCUCCCUGUACUACCUGUGACAGUUCCAGAUCUCCCUGUACUACCUGUGACAGUUCCAGAUCCCCCUGUACCUGGACCCUCUGUAUCAGCCCGCCCACCUGCACGUGUACAACCAGACCCCUUUGAUAGUGACAGUGACCCAGAUGACCCUGAGCCUUUCCAUGGUUUUGAUGCCUCGCCCUAUACAUCAGAUGUAGAUGUUCCCUCAUCAGUUGAUACAAGUAUCACCUCCCCAGAGCCCAAAUCAGUUGAUACGAGUAGAUCACCUCUCCCAUUCCUUCAGGUAAAAGAAUUCUUCAUUUUUUAUAUUGAACAUACGUAUUACACACUACAUAUGUCAAACAGUAAUAACAUGUGCAGUAGUUACAGUAGUAGUAACUAUCAUUUUAUAUAUUUUUUAUCAUUCCAGACUCCCAAGCACCUGCCCAUCCCACUCCAUAGCCCAGCCACCCACUCUCAUGUACCAUAUGACCAUCCCAGUAAGCAAGCCAACCACUAGAAUUUGACUGGCAUGCACCUGUGACUUACAUAAACCAGACCUCUACAUAGCCUACAUGUCUUCAUUUUGCUGGAGACUGCCCAUCAUCCUAGCCUGUUAUCUGUGAUAAAGCACACUGAAGUUAGGUUUGGAAUGCAUCCUUAUCAUGAAUGCUCUACACCUCCACCUCCAUCUCCCACAACCUAGGUAACAGCUUUGAGACUCACUAAAAGUUGAACCCCCUGAAUGAUGUAGGCUAUGGGGCCACAUAAGACUUUGUCCAUCCAGGGUUACAUUGAAAGUCUACUUUAAACUAAAGAACCAACAUUUUUCACACAACUCCAGGUUGUUACUACAAGUGUCAUCAAGGGAUAACUACUACAAGUAGAAGCACCAUUUUUGGAUGGAAAAAACCCUUCAGGAAAGUAUACGUAUCACAUGUAACAUGUAGUGUAACAAAGUAUGAACAGUAAGGUUUUUACAUACAGUAG